UCUACCUAGAAGCCUUUCUAGCCUCUUCUCACCUCUGAUCUGUCCUUGGCCUCAAGCAAGAAGAAUCCCCAACUCUACUUAGGUGUCUUCAGCUCCUGGCUUCCUCAGGAGCCUUCAGAGAACCAUUGGCUCUGCCUGUUCCUCUGUCCCCUUUGCGUUUUUACCAGGGGUACCAGGGAGCCAGAGAUAACUGUGAAGUCUCUCUCCCCCAAGGACCAGUUGGACUCCUUAAUCUUGAAGUGUCGCAGCUCACGAACUGGGUAAGCUGAAACGCUGUGGAGGACUGAAGGAGUCAGGGAGGUGGCUGAUCAGCUGGGCGGCCUUGGGCAAGUGUCUCUUCUCUUGGCUCAUGAAGAUCUGGGCUGGAUGAUUUCUGAAGUACCAUUCAGCUAUCAGAAGCAGGAGGAAUGGCACCAGCAAUGGCCUGGCUUCUUUUCCUUCAGCUUGUUCUAGGGCCAACUGUGGUCAUGGACAACAGGCUGCAGAUGGCCAUCAAGAACUUCCGCGACGUAAACAUCGACUACCCCAAAGUCAAUUACCCAAAAGGUUUCCAGGGUUACUGUAAUGGUCUGAUGGCCUACGUGCGAGGCAGAAUGAAAAUGUGGCAGUGCCCGAAGAUCCAUUACAUGAUUCACGCACCCUUGAAAACCGUUCAGAAGUUAUGCAAAUACAGUGAGAGCUUCUGUGAGAACUACAAUAAAUACUGCACCCUUACCCAGGACUCCUUCCCCAUCACAGUCUGCUCCCUGGUCCUCACACAGCCACCCACCAGUUGCCGCUACAAUAGCACUCUAGCCAACCAAAGGCUCUAUCUGCUCUGCUCCGGUGAGCAUGAUGCUGAACCAGUAGAUAUCAUCGGAGUCUACUAAGGAAUUUGAUUCUCCAGUCAUUUACUACCUCUGCCACCACAGGCCAGCCUGUCCCAAUUUCCAAAGCUCUAAUUCCUUCCUGCAAUGACUUCCCUGACUUCCAAGUUAUGCAGGGUCCCCUUCUAAGAGGCCAGGUAGGAAAAUGGCUAGGAGCUUUGAUUACCAUACAAAGUUGUACUGUCUUCUAGGUUCUUUCCAACUUGUUUACCACCUCCCCUCAGCUCCUCCACCAUCCUCCCUCUCCCAGAGACAGUAAAACCCACCCAAGAAGCUGACUGUGUCCAGUUGGCAGUGACUGUCCAUCCACUGGGCCAGAUCCUGAAUCCUGGAAGAAGGCCCAGGGCCUCAGCUCACACCACGGCAACAGGCACCCAGCCCCGUGUCUCCCCUCCCCGUCCCUCCAGCCUUCUCAUCUCAGUCUUCUCCCUCUUCCUUAGAACUCCCCCCACUCCCCUACGCAGCAGGUCUCUCUACCUACAGAACCUCCCUGAGGCCCUCGGAUUCAGUUUAGCCUCAGUUCAGUUGCCAAGCUGCUCCUCUCUGAAAUCGCUCAUUUUCUCUUCAUGUAGCCCGCCAUUUCCUCCUCUUCGGCUAC